GUUAAGUUAUAGCCGGCUGAUAUUUCGUUCUGUUUUAUUUUUAUUUUUACCUGAUUUCGGUUUUUAACACAUUUCAGCAAUAUAAAAACCAGUAGUCAUUUAUUUAUAAAAACCAUAAAAAAUGUCGUUAAAAAUUGAGCUUAGGGAUGAAGAACAAGGGGUAACAUACACUAUUGGAGUAAGUCAGGAAGAAUUUAAUGAAAUUGUAGUCAAUGGAAAUUUAACUCUUGCUACAGAGCUGCUUCAGCAACAGCAAGAGAGGGACAAUUUCAAAAAAGCCUUUGAAUUUGUCCAUGAUAUUGAUGAUACUCCUGAAUGUUCUUCUGUCUCAACCUCAAGAACACAAAAAGAGGCCAUUAAGGAGAAUUGUGUGGACAAUAGAAUUGAAAGCAAUAAUUCAUCUAUUCAACGUGAUGGUAUAGGACAAGAUAUACAAGUAGGAGAUCUACCAAUCCAAGAGACCAGUAAACUUUGGACUGACGAGGCUACAUUAGCUUUGAUCGACAUGUAUAGGAAGUAUGAACAAAGAUUUGAUUCUGGGGUAAAGAAAUAUGUCUGGAGUAAGAUUGCUCGUGAGUUGACUGAGAAACUUGGCUCCCAAUAUAACAUCCAGCAAUGCGAUACCAAGUGGAAAGUCUUGAAAAACCAAUAUAAAUCAGUUAAAAAACACAAUGACCAGUCGGGCAAUAGCAAAAAAACUGGAAAUUUUUUGAUGUCAUGAAUGACAUUUUGUUUAAAAGGCCCGAAAUUCAAUCCCCAGCUACAUGCUCUAGCAGAACAGGCAUGCAUGUUCUGGGUGAAAUAACCAAUGCUGUGGAAGGAGCAGUUAUAGCCAAUAAUCCAGUAGAGCCCCUGGCAGAACCGAACAAUACUUCUACUCCUAGUACAUCUAGAUACCAGUCUUCGUUUAUGCAAAAAGAAAAGCUGCAGAAAAUGCAAUAGAAAGGCGGCAUAGAGAAAAAAUGACUAGGCAAGACCGGUAUCUAGAUUUACUAGAGAGGUUGACAUCAGCUGUGGAGAGGAGUACUCCAGCAGCCAACACAAAUAAUUCCGAGAAUAAUUCUGACAGUGAGUGAACUGACUAUUCCCUAUUGGCCAAUGAAAAAAUGCCAAAACUUACUAAUUUUUUUCUAGUUAUAAUUACAAUGUUCCUUGUUUUAGUUCAAUUGAGGAGGUUUGAAACAAAACCGAAUAAAUCCAUUUUUUAUAAAAAAUUAGUUAGCGACGAAUAUUGGUUCAUCUUGCUGAAUUACAUCAUAUCAGCUAAAUAUUUGCGUGCAAAAACAAAUAAAUCCUACUUAAUUUUAAUGGCAAUAUUGAUGUUUUCAUGCAAAACCAAAAAAGAAAUGAGUGUGACUAGAAGAAGAGUUUGCACUUCAUAUUUAAAUGCACCCUUGGUUUUGCUGUUAGUUAACAAAAUGCCAUAAUGUUUCUGUUUGUAUUAGUAGUAAGAAUAACACUUUUGUUAAUUUUUUCUAAUAAAGUUGUG